AUGAUUCCUACACUAACGAAACUAAGUGCAUUUUCAAACAAACGCUACAUGUCUCCGAAGCAGUUUGAAGAAUGGAAAAAGACACCAUACGGAAAAUAUUCUACCCAGCUAAAAAAACACCCCUUUUUACUAUUUGGUCUGCCAUUUAUGGCGUCGUUGUUUUUCGCAUCACUUUAUCUCUCUGAGUUCACUUCCAUUAGAUACAAGAACCGUGAUGAGCGUGUACAAAUGAUUACAGAAGAGGAAGCUCUUAAGAGUUCGAGUGCUAAUCGCAGAAAAGUUGACAUGCGCGAGGAGUUUUAUAGACUGCAGCAACUGGGAGAUUUGGAUGACUGGGAGCAGGUCCGUGUCCCUAGACUUUCUAAUGAAAGUGAAAACGUCUGGGACGUUUCAGGACCCGGCACACCAGACAAUUCGGCGGCUGCAUCCGCUGUAGCUGCUGAUAAGCAACUGAAAAUCAGCAAAUGA